AUGGAGGAAGACGAUGAUACAGCUGAAAUAAAAAAGCUUCACGACGAUUCCAUCCGAAGAAUUGUUGCAGAACAGGCGAUCACAGAUCUUUCGAGCAUUGUGAAAGAGCUCGUGGAUAAUUCAAUUGAUGCAGAAAGUAAAACCAUAAAGGUUCGACUUUUUGGCCACGGCUUGGAAAUCAUUGAGGUAUCUGAUGAUGGCUUUGGUGUUCCUCUGCAAUCCCGAGAGCAUUUAGCCACGAGGUAUGCCACCAGCAAAAUCAAUUGUUUCGAUGACAUAUACAGUGGCACGGGUCUUUCUAUGGGAUUCAGAGGUGAAGCUCUAUUUAGUAUGGCUUGCCUUUCAUCCCAACUAAUUGUGGCUUCUCGGACUGAGUCCGAAGGCAUUGCGCAAAAGAUGCAAUUCCAGCGCGACGGAAGUCUGGAUAAAUCAUCGGUCACAGCUGUGCAUCGAAAAAUUGGUACAACUGUCGCUGUGCUCAAACCCUUUGCUCACCUACCUGCUAGACGCGCUGACAUGGCACGUAGGAUCAGAACAGAGCGAUCAAAGUUGUUCCGGCUAAUGGAGUCGUACGCUAUUUUCAAUGUCGGGGUUGGUAUUAAUCUAAUCGAUAUGAUUUCUGGGCGAGAAGAUGUUGCACUGGCAACUAGUUCGGCAAGCACUACACUCGAGGAAAAUGUCAGUGCAGUUUUGGGUCACAAGUUCUUGUCAUCGCUAGCGAAUAUUGAUGUAAAGUUGGGAGAUAUUGUGGCUCCCAACAAAGAAGAUAAUCUGCACGACUGGGGAAUAAAAGGAUUGCUGUCACGAAAUCCUCACGCCGAUCCCCCAGCUCGGUCGAUCAAUACUUUUUGCAUAAAUGGACGGGUAGUGCAACUUCCAAAGUUUGCAGCUUUGUUGCGAAAAUUAUGGACCGGGUUUUCUGGAAGAAAGAGACCAUCCUGUAUUCUUUCGCUCACGCUGCCAAAUUGUUCUUUUGACAUCAACUUAUCACCAGACAAGCAGCAGGUCUUGCUGGUGAACGAGCAGCAGAUACUUGAUGUCCUUCACCACGCAGUUACAGACUUUUAUUCUAGUCAAGUAAACGGCAAAUUUCAUGCCAAAAGGCUUCAACAUCCUGGAAACGAAGAUGUAGUAGAAAAAGAGAGGCAAAAGCACAAGCGUCGGUUUGCUUUUGUCCAUGAUCUAUCGAAAGCAAAGUUGCAGCAUGACCUGGAAGACCGGAAUAGUUCGAAACGACAAAAGAUAGGACACCAGGACGAAAUGAGCUCCCAGAAGAAUCUUGUGGACACAUCGCAAGGGGAUGUCCCACAAAGAUAUGAAAUGGGAUUAGUCAGCAUCGACUAUGCGCAAAUAAGUCGUCGAGACAGGAAUGAAGAGAAGGCGGAAAUGAAAGAUCAAGAGCACCAAAAAUUAUACGACGCUGCAGUGGGGAGCGAACAGCCGCAGUUUUUUAGCAAGAGAGGAGAAAAAACUUCGGAAGGAAGCAGACCCAUAGCCGUUUUGACGGGUAGAAUUAAGUCGACUGGCGCUUCGGUGAGAAGCGAAGGCAAAAUGUCGUUAGACGACAGAACAGCAAGUCAUUCUAAUUGUCGGUCAAGUGAAGCUCAGGGGGCAGAGUUUGACAUGAACAAGUUUAGGGCCAGCCGUCAAAAGAGUGGAGUUACCGAUUACGAAAGGCAGAAGUGGACUGAAAUACAAUCCAAGUUUCGGGCAGAUCAGAAUCGGCUGGAUAUAAAAGCCAUGAGUUCGCAAUUCAACGUGCCUUCCGAUUCAUGUUGUGAAGAUUCCCGCUUUAGUGAUUCGAGUGAUCGUCCAUGCUUGAGAGAGUUUGGGAACGCUAGCCCCCCUUCCAUCCUCAUGCGGUGCCCAGAGCAACAGACAAAGACCGACACUUGUGAAAAACAGCUUUCCCCGGAUUGUCGAAAGCAAAGAGGCAGUUGUGGGAAAAAGGGCUCUUCCUCGAAAAAAAAAGAUUCAACGAUAGGACAGACUUCUUCACCACAAAAUGGCAAGACGAUUAUGUGUCAUGUUGGAGCACAGGCUCAAGAAGGAAACUGUUCUGUUGCAAUUGCAAAUGAUCAUAACAGUGCUAUGCCGAUCAGGGAGUCUUCAAGUUCUGUUGCAAUUGCAAAUGAUCAAAACAGUGCUAUGCCGAUCAGGGAGUCUUCAACAUCUUUGGAUUGGACAAGCUUUGAAGACGCGGAUGGAAUAUGUAUUAAGGUAAGGGACGAAGGAAUACGGCUGAAAAAACGGCGAAAGGAUGCCUGUAAAAUGUCUGGACAGACUAGCGAGGAUUCGAAGACUGAAGGGCACCAACAUCAAAUUGGCAAGCGUGGUAUAUCCGAGUCUCUAGAGGGUGACAUUUUGAGUUUGUCGAAAGCAAAAUUUGGAGAUGGUAGCAUGGAAAUUGUGGGUCAGUUCAACUUGGGAUUCAUCCUUUGUCUAUGUAAUGAGGACAACCUUUGGAUUUUUGACCAACAUGCUUGCGACGAGAAGUACAACUUCGAAAAGCUACGAAGAGAAACGAAGAUAAGCGAGCAAAGGCUGUUGAGGCCCAUGGCGCUAGAAUUGACAUCUUCCGAGGAAGCCUGCAUUCUAGACCACAUGAAUGUUUUUGAAGCCAACGGUUUCCAGUUUGAAUUUCGACCGAAAGCACCGAUUCGGAGGCGCUUGCUACUUACUUCACUGCCCCACAGUGGUGCACCCAACGGUAGGAAAGACGUCCAAUUCGGACACGAGGAUGUCAAGGCUCUGUGUGCGAUGCUGAGUGAAGGAGCUGCCUACGAUGCAGGAGAUGGAGGAACGGGGGCUGACGGUUCGGGAAAGUUUGGUAAUAAUGCAGUUAGGUUUGCCAGCAUGACCAGCAGCAAACAAGAUCCAGCAAGCAGCUUGAUUGCUCGCCUACCAAAGGCCAUAUCCAUGUUUGCCUCCCGUUCUUGCCGAUCUUCGAUAAUGAUCGGCACGGCCCUGUCGCAGUCAGAAAUGAAGAAGAUCGUUUCUCGUUUGGCAGAUGUCGAAUUUCCGUGGAACUGCCCCCAUGGAAGACCAACACUUCGUCACGUGGGAAAUGUUUCUACGGUAUUAUCGGAAGAUGCAGGUCGUGCUAUGGAUCAUAUGGGACUUGCGGUCACACAGGUGGUCAUAAACCAACGCUACGAGACACGGAUCUAA